AUGGACAUAAUAAUGGAUCAACUUAAGAGUGGCUUAAAGACAUUGCUUUUAAUGAUGAUGGAGGAUUGGAAAAUGUAUCUGUGCCUUACAAUUUUAAUUAGCUUGUAUCUUUAUUAUACAAGCACUUUUAAUUUUUUCGAAAAGCGUGGUAUUCCAUACAGAAAGCCAGUUAUAUUUUUGGGUAACUUAGGCCCUAGAUUGAGAGGCAAACAGUCAUUUCACGAAUUUCAAUUAGAAACGUAUAAUUAUUUCAAAGGAAAUCGCUUUGGAGGAAUAUUUGAAGGAAGAAGACCACUGUUGACAAUUCUUGACCCUGACUUAAUCAAAGCAAUAACAAUCAGGGACUUCGAUCAUUUUACAGACAGGAUGGCUAUGAAUGCCAAAGAGCCAAAGUUCUGGAGCCGAUCUCUUUUGAAUUUAAAGGGCUCAGAAUGGAAAGCGGUCAGAAGUACAUUAACACCCGUCUUCAGUUCAUCACGUCUUAGACAUAUGCUUCCGCUCAUUGAAAUGUGUUCUAAACAAAUGGUUGAGUUUCUAAAUCAAUAUGAUAAGAAGGAUGUAGAGAUGAAGCAAACAAUAGGCCACUUUACGUUAGAAGUAAUUGGGGCAUGUGCAUUCGGUGUCAAAUGUGAUGCCUUGUCUGAUGAGAAUGCGCACUUCUUCAAAGUAGCAGAGAAGUUUGACUACAUGCCGAUGCAUAAGAGAAUAAUACUGUACUUUAUCUUAAUAUUCGUGCCUCAGCUAAUAAAAUACUUGAACUUUUCGUUCCUGAAUUUGGACUCUUCAAAGGAGUUGGUGAGAAUUUUGAAAGUUGCGAAGGAUGAGCGACAGAAAUCUGGUGUUAAGCAAAACGAUUUUCUUCAAAUCCUUGUUGACUUCUCCGAAACCGAAAAAUCUGAAUCUGAGAAAACAAAGUCUACUGUUCAUUUAGAUGACGCGACCGUGGAUGCUCAGCUGCUAUUAUUCCUCAUAGCUGGGUAUGAGACCUCCAGUACUUUACUUUCCUUCGCUAUAUACGUAUUGGCUACCAAACCUGAGAUACAAGACAAGCUAAGGUCCCAUAUCAUUGAGAUGACAGAGGGAAAAGAAGUGGACUAUGACCUCCUUGCGAAGUUGCAAUAUCUUGAUGGAUUUUUGUUGGAAACAUUACGUAUAUAUCCCCCUGUAUCUCGUGUGGACAGGGUGUGCACAAAGCCAUACAAUCUUCCUGGAACAAACAUUGUUAUCAAACCUGGCGAAGUGGUGGCUAUACCUCUGUAUGGUAUCCAAAUGGACCCUGAACACUACCCGGAACCGAAAGAAUUUAAACCAGAAAGAUUCCUAAAUGAAAACAAGAGUGAGAGAGCUUCUCAUUUGUAUAUGGCGUUUGGUGUCGGCCCUAGAAAUUGUAUUGGUCUGAGAUUCGCGAUGUUAUCAGCAAAACUAGCGAUGGUUGACCUCGUGAAGAAGUUUAGAUUUUCGCCGUGUGAGAAGACAGAGGACCCAAUACAAUUUGACAGGAGGUCACUUCUGUUGAAGGCGCGUGGUGGUUUAUGGGUUCGUGUAGAAGCCAUAUAA